AUGUGGACCGGCAACCUGUCCGCACUCCUCGUCGGCCUCUCUGUCCUUCUUACCGUUCGUCGGUGCCUCUCAGCGCGCUCCCGACGCCUGCCUCGCUCGACCGAACGCGUGCUCAUUAUCGGCGCGUCAUCGGGGAUCGGACGCACAUUGGCGGUGGAAUAUGCGCGUCUGGGAGUCCACGGCGUUUGUGUCGUUGGCAGGCGGGUGGAGAUGCUGGAAGAAGUCGUGGAAGAGUGUAAAUCCCAUGCACACAGCUCGCUGAAGAAGACGGAGGUGCUGGCGCUGGCGGGGGACUUUGCGGAAGUGGGGGACAUGGUCAGGGUGAGGAAUGAGCUGCAGUCUAGAUGGGGCGGUAUCGACACGGUGGUCGUGGCGGCUGGGGUUUCGGCUCUUCGUCCACUCCUCGACAUUGUCAAGGACAAACCCGGAGACGAUGGUAUACAGCACCUUGUGGAUGUCUCUGCCCGUGCGACAAGAGGAAACUUCGUUGGCCCCUUGGUUGCUGCGGCCACGUUUAUUCCCCUGCUGGAAUCAAGCUCUCCGCAUCCUUCCAUCCUCCUCGUCAACUCUCUCGCAUCCGCCAUCCCCGCGCCCACACGUGCACUAUACGCUUCCACCAAAGCCGCGUCUCUGCAUCUAUAUCAAGCCCUCGCGAUCGAGCACCCCAAGAUCGCAUUCACCCAAUUCCUCCCCAGCACUGUUGAGGGCGACUUCCGGGCUUCGGCAGUUGACGGCGGAGCAGCGAACGUGCGCGAGGCCGACCCAAACAAGCACGGAUUGAAGCGCAUCCCCGUUGCCCGGCGGUGUAUCCAGGCAAUCGAGCAUCGCGAGAAGCAUGUGUUCAUGCCAUGGUCCAUGGGACCGAGCCAUCUCAUUUUCUGGUUGUGGCCCGCAUUUGUGGAAUGGCGCGCAAGCGUCAAGUAUCGGUUUACGCCGCCGCAGCGGACGUAG